AUGUUCCGCUUCAUGAGGGACGGAGAGCCUGAGGAUCCCAUGUUCCUCAUGGACCCUUUCGCUAUUCAUCAACAACUUCUGAGUCGGAUGUUUUCAGGAGACUUUGACUACAGCCCUUUCCUUAGCGUCACAGAUGGGAGCGUACCAGGGGCUGGACCUGCUAGUCGAAGGAUGCAGACUGGAGCUGUCUCACCCUUUGGGAUGCUGGGAAUGACCGGUGGCUUCAUGGACGCCUUUGGGAUGAUGAACGGUAUGAUCGGGAACAUGGAGCACGUGACAACUGGAGCCAACGGUCAGACCUUUUCAUCUUCCACGGUCAUCUCUUACUCCAGCCUGGGUGACGGCGCUCCCAAAAUCUACCAAGAAACAUCUGAGAUGCGCUCAGCACCAGGUGGCAUCCGGGAGACAAGGAGGACAGUGAGGGACUCUGAGAGCGGGCUAGAGCAGAUGUCGGUUGGGCAUCACAUCCGAGACAGGGCACGCAUCCUCCAGCGUUCCCGGAAUCACCGAACUGGAGACCAGGAAGAACGGCGCGACUACAUCAAUUUGGAUGAGAGUGAUGCUGAAGCAUUUGACAAUGAAUGGAGGAGAGAGACAUCCCGAUACCGGCCACAGAGCCCCACGGAAUUUCCUCGGCAUGAGGCUACUGGGGCGGAUGGGGGUAGAAGGGCUGAGGGACCCCUUGGGCUGGAUAUACAGGGCCCUGAGGAUUCCCCCUCCCGACAAUCACGACGCUAUGACUGGUGA